UUGAUGCGGUGAACGUCCGGAUCACGGGUACAGUUUCCAAAGGCAACGUUUGGGGCAGGUCAUGAGCUGUACAAAUAUUCGAAUUCCGACACUUUGCACAUGAUAUAUGCAACGAAUCUAACAUAGAUGGGUGCCAAAUGCGUCAAGAGUCGGGGAAGUACAAGGCAGGGGUGACUACUGUGGGAAAAGAGAAAAGCAUACAAGAGGAGUACAGUGAUUAUGCUACCAUAGGUCAUAUGUCUAUGCCAGCGCAAAUCCUAGUUGAGCCCUGAAUAGCGUUGCCAUUGUAAGAGGAUCAGCGAAGCUUUACACCAAGAUGCCUACCAAAAAGGUGGCCUCUGACUCGGAAGAGGUUGGGUCAGAAGCUGAGUCAGAAGACAACAGACAUAAGGAAUUAAUAAAUGUAAACUGCAAAUUUAUAUCAUGGACUGGUCCCGGGAAGCGUGUUCCAACCCUUAUCUUCAAGGCAGAGAACAUGUUUGUCAAGAACAAGGAACUGAAGACUGUUGGAGAGAAGUACCACCUGUCCUACAAGAUGGUGAGAACAGAGAGUAAGCUGGUCAGGUCCAUCCUGGCAUCACACGGCUUCCAUGAAGUUCACCCGAACAGCAAUGACUUUAACCUGAUGUGGACAGGUAGUCAUCUCAAGCCCUUCUCCCUCCGCUGCAUGCACGAGUUCCAAAAGAUCAACCACUUCCCCAGGUCCUACGAGCUGACACGCAAAGACAGGCUGUACAAGAACAUACAGAGGAUGCAACAGUCUAAGGGAGUAAAGAACUUUGACUUCAUCCCGGGUAGUUUCAUCCUUCCAUCUGAGUACCAGGAGUUCUGUACUGCAUUCCUGAGAGACAAAGGACCAUGGAUCGUCAAACCCAUUGCUUCCUCCAGGGGAAGAGGCAUCUAUCUGGUGAACCAUCCCCAGCAGGUUCCAGUGGAUGAGAAUAUCCUGGUUUCCAGAUAUAUCCACAACCCUCUCACCAUUGAUGGCUUCAAGUUUGACAUCAGAAUAUAUGUGGCUGUGACUUGCUACGACCCACUGCUCAUCUAUCUGUAUGAAGAAGGGCUUACAAGAUUUGCUACAGUGAAGUAUGAGAAAUCCAACAGGACCCUGAAGAACCAGAUGAUGCAUCUGACAAACUACAGCGUCAACAAGAAAAGUUCAGACUAUGUCAGAUGUGAUGACCCAGAUGUGGAGGACUAUGGGAACAAGUGGACAAUGAGUGCAAUGUUGAGAUAUCUCAAGCAGGAGGGGCUUGAUACCACAGCCCUGAUGGUGAGAAUAGAGGAUGUUGUGGUGAAGACCAUCCUUAGUGCAGAAAUGCACAUUGCUACUGCCUGCAAGAUGUUCAUGCCAUACAGGGGGAACUGCUUUGAGGUGUACGGGUUUGACAUCCUGGUUGAUGAGAACCUGAAGCCAUGGCUGCUGGAGGUCAACCUCUCACCCUCACUGGCAUGUGAUGCUCCAUUAGAUCUGAAGGUGAAGUCCCACAUGAUAGCAGACCUGUUCGCACUGACAGGUUUUAUGUGCCAUGACCCUAUGGUGAGGAAGAUUCAGCAGAGUAAACGGAACCAGGACAUUGCAGCCAAAACAGCUCAGAGAGCACAGUCGGCUCGCGAGAGGCCAGACUAUUCCGUUGGGAGGCAGAGACCCGCGUCUGCCGGCAGUGUGAACGUCAGGCAGCUGCGGGACCGGCCUCAGUCUGGGCCAGGGUCAUGGGCCAAAGUUGAAGGGUCAAGUUUGAGCAGGGAAGAGCAGAAGGUGUUGUUGAGGGUGAAGGAGGAGUUUGGCAGGAAAGGUGGUUUCAUCAGGCUGUUCCCUGCACCAGACUCCUGGGAACACUAUGGGGCAUUCCUAGAGUACAAGACUACCAUGAACAAAAUGCUGGUUGACAAGCUUUUCCCAAAUAGGGCCAGGGGCUACAGGGGUGGUAGAGGCACAAGUGCAAGCUAUUCAUCUGGCACAGCAAAAUCAGGGACAAUGGCUCAGGCUAGUAUUGAGCCUGAGAUGACCCUGCGCAGCAGGGCGAAGCAAUACGAGAGGAAAAAGUACACAGCAGACGCAAGGAAGAGACAACGCAAGAUCAAGGAGACCAAGAGAAAUAGAAACACUCCCAAUGGGUCUAUCAAAGGCCGGCUAGCACAGGGGCAGUAUGACACCGAGAGCUCGGAAGAAGAAGAGGAGUCAGAAGAAGAAAGUGACGAGGAGCUCACAGCUGACGAUUCAGAUGUCGACAGUGCAGCAUCUGCCACGGAUCAUAAAGCAGGAGACAGAACUAAGAAAGUCUCCACUGCUGCUUCAGCAAGUAAGUCCAAGGCCGUCCAGGCUAGCGCUUCAUCAGCAGGUGAUGGAAACGUGCAAGCUUCGGCAGCCAACAAACUGUCGGGGAAGCCGCCAAUUGCAGCUACUGCCUCUACAAAGAGUUUAGGAACAAGUGCCACGGAGUGUUCGGAAGCUUCCUCCCAUCAGGUCACGACCAAGUCAGGUGCGACGGUGACUGUGUCAAAGUCUGGUCCGUCGAGCGGGUCAGGUCGGGCGCGUACAUCGGCGGACGGGCAUUCUGCUACGGAAACUUCGGAUACGGGUAACGAGAGUAAUGCAGACAGUGCACAUAGUGGACAGGGUGAACUGGGGAGAGGUGAGAGUAGUGCAGCGGGGGCCGGGAGGCUGUCCUCGGGAAGAGACUCGUACCUUGGAUCAACGGGGGGAACAAAGGAAGAGCGGCAGGGACCCAUCAGUAGGACAGCAUCAGUGUACCCGCCUGAAGUGCCAAGACAUUUCCAUGAUGUUCCUGCCACUGCACAGCAACCCAAGAUCAUCAAUCUGGUGAAAAUACUGGAGGAUGGAGGCAAUCUUAGUAAAGUCCAAGCGAGGUCAGCAUUUGCCAUGUACCUCCAGCGAGUCCAGCAGAGACUGUUGCAGGAGUCUCACAACAAGGAUGACAAGGGAGAGCCUCGCCAUGAUGAACAAAUGGACCUGGUGCUGAGGUUCCUGAAGCGAGCAGCAGGUAACCUGCAGCAGCCCUUCAAGGUGGUGGUGCCCAGCAGGAAGCUGCCACUGCACGACAGGAGGAGGAUCCUGGCCAAGCAGCUGGGAGACUUUGUACACAUCUACAGCAGGGAAACAGACUUGCUUUCCCAAAGGACAGAGUUAGACAAGAAGUACGGCCAGACAUCUCAGGCAAAGGAUGGACCAGAGUCUACAGUCGCUAAGGAGGACUUCAGGGCCUUCAUAGGGAUAGCAAGUGAGGGGGAGUUGGAAGAGGUGUUGACCACUUACACCAAGCUGAACAAGUCUGCCAGUAUAUUCCUGGGCAGCAAUGCCAAGACAGUGAACCCUGGGUACAAGUUCUACCCCCCACCCCCUUCACCAGGGGCAGGGGAGACUGCUCUGGGCAGGAGGAAAGAGGACAGCAACCAGUUGGCUCAAGGUGUGCCAACCACAGAGUACCCUGUGACUAUCCACAUUCCCCACGGAGCGACCCACCCGUCCAACGGCCCCCACUCUGCCAGCAGCCAGAGCAGCAUGACGUCAGGCUCCAGCGGUGCUAGCCAUGACCCCACAGCCCAGACUGCACCUCAACACAGGGAGGCGUACUCAGGAAACUACUUCAGGCCACAGGUGCAGCCUGCGACAACCACCGGCACUGAGAGCAUGCAGCCUACAGUAACUACAACAUCAGGCUACGCAAGGAAGAGCAUGGGGCCUUCUGGUAUGACUGGACAACACCAAAGGUCAGCAUCAGCAGGGAGAUACACAGGUCCGCUGUCAGGUGUGGACAUCCCCACUAGCUCUCUAUCCUCCCUCCAGGCUGCUGCCUACAUCUACAGUACCAAGCUGACAGGCACCAUGAAGAACAGGCCGUCUUCAGCCAGUAAAGCUGUGUUGACUGAGGCGGAAAAGAUGGCAGCACAACGGCACACUGUGCUUUUCAAAUCUAGCAAACAGUCUUAUGGGAGAAGGAAGGGACGACCGCCGAGUGCAGGCCGCAGUGGGUCGGGCAGCAGACCGGGCAGUGCCGGCCGGCCCGGGAGCGCCACGCGAACACGACCCAUGUCUGCUGUCACCUACAGGGACAAGCCUGAUGGACAGACAGCUCCACAGAACUACAGAGAACAGAGUGAACAGGCUAUCAACGAGGCCCUGCAUCGUCUCGCAGAGCGCCAGGCCGCCCGGCAGUACUCUGCACCCAGCGCUCACCACAUCCUGGCCCAACAGCUCGCUAACAUCAACCUGGCAGCCUCCAAACACAUCGCUGCCAUGAAGAGCGCCGCUGCCGCGAAGAAGCCGCGAGCUCGAACGGCGUCGUGGGCAGGCUCGGUGCCAACGAGCACCGGGAUCGCUGAGGGGAUUUAUGCAAAUGUUCAAGAAGCUGAGAGUGGGAAGUCUAGAACUGCUUCAGAGCUGAGGGGAGGGGAUGCAACGUUUAACAGUUUUGUGGAGGAUGUUGGCCAGGGUCCAGCAGGCUGGGACCAGGGGUAUGGGACAAGCAUUCCAACCAGCUCCUAUCAGCUGCAGUAUGGGGGUCACCAGACAGGGGGAGCUGUAGAUGAGAGGGACAGGCAACAUCAGCAGCUGAAGCAACAGUCACAGGAGCUGUUACAGGAGAGUAAAGCAAAGCACCAGGCCAUGAUCGCAGCUGCUCACACCGCGGCACAGCAGCGGGCCAAACACCACCACGAUGGGGACAGCGCAGCCAAGAUGGUUCCCAAACCCCCUCCCCAGCCGGCAGGCACCAGGAAACCUGUCUCCACACAGAGGAUGGCCAGGACGAUGAUGUUGGACGAUCCAGGAAACUUCUACAGUAGUGUGAAGUACGACACUGCCACCGGUGUCACCAAAUCUGCAUAUGCCUCAGGAAGCUUCCAGCCCACGGUGACAAGACACUGAACACAGGACUGCCCAUCAGCAGCACAUUUCACCAGCUCAGCACGUGGAGGUCGCCCCUAGCUGGCCUGCCUUUGUUGGGCACAACUACAGCCCCCAACACCAUACAUCAGAGAAGCCUAGCCUUUUUGCACUAGGGUCUGAGGACUUCCAUUGGCUCUUGGUGUAACAUACAGAACAAAGAUUCUGGUAGGAAGAGGAUACCCUGCACUAAUCAAGACAAAGACCACACUUUGAAGUCAUCAUUUCUAUAUGUAAAAGCUUCUUCUAAUGUUUGUUUUCCCCCCAAAACACCUUUCUGUCCAGGAAGAAUCAGAUAUUCUUCACAUAUGACUGAUUAGUCUCUUAUUGUGUUCUGCAACCAGAAAAAAAGAACAUACAUUGUACAUUUAGUAGGGGCAAAGUGCUGACUAUAUAAUUGGCCCCCAAAGCAGGUCUUAGACCUUUCUGUGCCUUGGAAAGGACUUAGCUAUUGCUAGUAUGCACAGUAGUGUAUUGAUAGUGAACUAUAGCAAAGCAGUGCUGUAUGCUCAUGGCCCCCUGAAUAUUUGUACACGUAUCCCCACACUCUUCCAUGCAUAGGUUGAAACCAGUUUGUUACAAACCUUUGCACCACAGAAAGCAAUACUAAUCUCGGAGAAGAGAGAAAAACUGGGACCACAGGAAAGAAAUACAUGUGUACAAAAAGGCACUGAAACAGCCACACCCAACAUCUGCUUAGAGAUUGCUGUUUGCACAGAAAUUGGCCAGUUCAUGUGAUACCAGCAGUAUGGGUAGCAUUCAGUUUGCUAAACGAAAUGAAGUCCUAGGAAGAUUGCAACAAACUGUUAACCACUUGCCUGGAAUAGGGAUUGUUGGCAAUUUUUUUUAAUGAAUAGAUUUUAUUGUUUUAAAUUGACUUUCAUAGAUAGUUGAUGGAACUGUACAUUUCAUUUCUAUAUUCAGCGAGUUCAGGCUCAGUUUGGAUGACAACAAGAUGAAUGACAAAGUCUUUACCUCAAGAUGUUCAACAUUCCUUCAUAGAAUUGCACUAUCUGUUGUAUAUAACGUCCUUAUGUUAUAGUGUAAACCAUUCCUGACAAGACGCUGUCACUUGUGUGUUUAUUUCAAGCCUGUUAAGAUGACUGUUAAGUUGUUGUACUUCCGUCUUCUUACAUGUGUGCCAGGCCGUCCAUUCCAUCAUCACACCAAAGAACAAAGAAGCAGACUCUAUCUUAUAUCAGCUUACAAGGUUUUAUUCAAAAAGUUCAAAAAAUGUAUCAAUGUAUGUAUGUAAUCUAUGUAUACUAUUAUAAUUACUACAAUGUACAGGGAGUAGCUUUUGAUACAAAGUCACUUGGAAUCAACUACAAGUAUCUACAUUUGAGGGGUGCUUCUUGUAGCUUGUUUUUGUCUUUCACAUUACAUGAUGUGUGGGUGAAUUUGGUUUUAAUUACCCAAUUUGCUGCAAUGAUUUUUUUCAAAUUUUCUUUUAAAUCAUAAUAGAAUUUGAUAUGUACAUACUAUUUAGGGUUUACAAACUUGAGAAAAAAAGUUUUGUGCAAGCAGGAUGUACAAUAGUCUUGUUGGAAAUUGGUUUGACAAAGACACAGCUGUAUAUACAAUCUUUUUCCUUUGUUGGAGUGCAGCUAUGCAAGCAUCUGGGAAUUGUGCUCAUCCUGGGAGACCUUUAAUAAAUACAGAGCAGCAAAGAAA